CUUGAAUUUUUCUAAACGCGUGUUCACAUUACAAAAUAAUAAAAUGGAAACAAACGCAAAGGAAGGACAUUGUGAAUAAAGUUGAACUUUUUAAAAUAAUUUCUGGCAGGACUCACGUACUUUGCAGUUUAGAAUACAAAAUCUAAACAAAGCUAUGUUGCUGUUGCGGAGCGUCCAGUGGAAGUGGCAGGAAGUGCUUCACAGCUUGGUAUCGUUUUAACAAAAGCGGCACGCCGUAGGCGGCUUCAGAGCUGUCGACAUUCCAGAGAUGCUAUAAUGAUCAGAACUAACUGUACUUAAAAACCACAGUGGCGCGAUGGACGUCCGAGUUUUCACGUGUUGUCUUUGUUUGACGUUAGUAAUUGGAUGCAUUGUGGACGAUAAGUAUUCCGAACUGACCCCAGCUGACCUCGUGUCACGACUAGAGGUAAUUGUUUACGGGGAAGUGAUCGGAUUCGCCCAGAGGGAUUAUCUGACCGACGGUACAUUCCGUGUAUACUGUGUCAUUAAAGGGGACACUAGAAUCCUAGAAAAUAUAACGAUCGAGGCCGUGAGUCCGAGGUCGGCCUGCUCCGGGACAUACGUCUAUUGGGUCAACGUAACGUCUAAUUUUGAUAAGACCGGGGCCGUUAUGAUCCUGGGACUUCAAGAAACCAAAACAGCGGGGGUGUACGAAUUCCACGAGGUCAACGAUCUGCAGUCGUCUGCCUUCGACAACAGUCCGGAGUCAUGGAAACUAAUAUAUAGCGUAGUGAAGUCCGAAAUAUUCCCACCCAUUAACGCGGCCGUGGAUAGGUGUCCGGGGAAAAGUGACCCGAAGGGGCCUGCAGUCGGUAAGCAGCCAGUGACCGGCAAACAAGGAGAGAACAGUGGCGUGAGAAACAGAAUGGACACUAUCAUGACUUGCACAGUGGUCAUCUUAACUAUGGUGUUGUUGUCACGUGAUCCGAGGUAGUCGACGAGACUUUCGACUUCGUGUGAAAACUUUUAUCUAAUAUUUUAUGAUUUUUUUUCUACCAUAUUUUAUUUUUGUUGUAUUUAUACUUAAUCGUAAAACUAUCUAAUCCUAGUGUUUGAGGAAAUUGUUUGAAAUAUAACAAAGUUGAAUUUUG